AUUUUCACAACCAUAAUCCGAAAUUGCCACCCUUAUCCAUUUAUCUGAAUGUGAAUUCCGAGAAAUUGACUGAUCUAGGUUUUAAGGUUUCUUUGUGAGUUCUCUUUUGUUUCUGUGGAAAUCGAUCAAUUAGGGUUUCGGGAUAAUGGCACGGUUGGUUCUGCCAUCGAAGACUCUCGCUUUUUCCAGGAAGAGUUUACUGGGUUUGAUCUCCCCUGCUCCUCUUAACUAUUUUCAGCAUACAGCAAAAAGUAGCAUCAGAGUUAGGCAUUUCCUUGCUUCAGAGGUCAUUUUGCAAAAGAAGUGUUGCUCUUGUUAUUCUCCUCAGCCAAGGCUCAAGCAAUUGAGUAGGAGGCUAAUUUGUUCAGUUGCCACAGAGGAUUUAGCUAAGCAAGUUGAAGAACCGAAAAUGGGGACACCAAGAGAAAUAUUCUUAAAGGAUUAUAAAAUGCCUGAUUACUACUUUGAAAGUGUGAAUCUGGAAUUUUCCUUGGGAGAGGAGAGCACUAAAGUUAGUUCCAAAAUUGCUGUGUUUCCUCGCGUUGAAGGUUCUUCUCCCCCGCUAGUUUUAGAUGGACAAGACUUAUCUUUAGUUUCAAUUCAGAUUAAUGGAAAGGCUUUAAAGGAGGAAGACUAUCAUUUGGAUGCACGCCAUCUAACAAUCCGUUCACCUCCAAGUGGUAAAUAUGAUCUUGAAAUUGUUACAGAGAUUUACCCACAAAAAAACACAUCAUUAGAGGGACUUUACAAGUCGUCUGGGAAUUUCUGUACUCAAUGUGAGGCUGAAGGCUUCCGUAAAGUUACAUUUUAUCAGGAUCGGCCUGAUAUAAUGGCUAAGUAUACAGUUCGCAUCGAGGCAGAUAAAUCACUGUAUCCGGUGUUAUUGUCUAAUGGAAACCUGCUUGAACAAGGUGACUUAGAGGAUGGCAAGCAUUAUUCUGUUUGGGAGGACCCCUUCAAGAAACCUUGUUAUUUGUUUGCCUUGGUUGCUGGGCAAUUGCAGAGCAGAGAUGACACUUUCACUACCCGUUCCGGACGGAAAGUGUCCCUUAGGAUCUGGACACCUGCAGAUGACGUACCUAAGACUGCACAUGCUAUGUAUUCUCUGAAAGCAGCUAUGAAGUGGGAUGAAGAUGUUUUUGGGCUUGAAUAUGACCUGGAUCUCUUCAAUGUUGUUGCUGUCCCAGAUUUUAACAUGGGAGCUAUGGAAAAUAAGAGCUUGAACAUUUUCAAUUCCAAGCUUGUAUUGGCUUCUCCAGAAACUGCUACUGAUGCAGAUUAUGCUGCAAUAUUGGGAGUUAUUGGCCAUGAGUAUUUCCACAACUGGACUGGCAACAGAGUGACAUGCCGUGACUGGUUCCAGCUUAGCCUGAAGGAAGGUCUCACUGUUUUUCGUGAUCAGGAAUUUUCAGCUGACUUGGGAAGUCGCACUGUAAAGCGGAUUGCUGAUGUUUCAAAACUUCGAAAUUACCAGUUUCCACAGGAUGCAGGUCCCAUGGCCCAUCCAGUGCGACCACACUCUUACAUCAAGAUGGACAACUUCUACACAGUCACAGUCUAUGAAAAGGGGGCUGAAGUUGUCAGAAUGUACAAAACCUUGCUGGGAAGUCAAGGGUUUCGAAAAGGCAUGGAUCUUUAUUUUAAGAGACAUGAUGGACAAGCUGUAACAUGUGAAGAUUUUUUUGCUGCCAUGCGGGAUGCAAAUGAUGCAGAUUUUGCAAAUUUCUUACAAUGGUACUCUCAAGCUGGGACUCCUGUUGUGAAAGUAAAUACUUCUUAUAAUCCAGAAGCACAUACUUUUUCUUUGAAGAUCAGUCAAAAGAUACCGCCAACACCAGGGCAAUCAGUUAAGGAACCCAUGUUCAUUCCUGUUGCAAUAGGUUUGCUUGAUUCAUCUGGCAAGGACAUUCCUCUGUCAACUAUUUAUCAUGAUGGAACUCUGCAAUCUGUUUCAAGCAAUGGUCAAUCAGUCAGCACUACAGUCCUGAGAGUCACUAAGAUAGAAGAAGAGUUUGUGUUCAAUGAUAUAUUUGAGAAGCCUGUUCCAUCAUUGUUAAGGGGAUACAGUGCUCCAGUUCGUCUUGAAUCCGAUCUCACUGACGACGACCUGUCUUUCCUACUAGCUAAUGAUUCUGAUGAAUUCAAUCGUUGGGAAGCUGGACAAAUUUUGGCACGAAAGUUGAUGCUCAGCUUAGUGGAUGAUUUGCAACAUAACAAACCACUGGUUCUGAAUCCCAGUUUUGUUGAUGGGCUCAAACGCAUACUACGUGACUCAAGUUUGGACAAAGAGUUUGUGGCAAAGGCAAUAACUCUACCUGGUGAGGGAGAAAUAAUGGACAUGAUGGAAGUUGCAGAUCCUGACGCUGUUCAUGCUGUUCGGACUUUCAUCAGGAAGCAGCUUGCAAGCGAACUGAGAUCGGAGUUCCUUAGCACAGUAGAAAAUAAUAGGAGCUCAGGAGAAUAUGUAUUCAACCAUUCAAACUUGGCCAGGCGUGCUUUGAAGAAUAUUGCUCUCGCUUAUCUUGGAUCCCUUGAGGGUCAAGAAUUUACCAGCCUUGCACUGAAUGAGUAUAAAGCUGCUACAAAUAUGACUGAGCAGUUUGCUGCUAUGGCUGCCUUAGCCCAGAUCCCUGGUAAAACUCGUGAUGAUGUUCUUGCUGACUUUUAUAGCAAGUGGCAACAUGAUUUCUUGGUGGUGAAUAAAUGGUUUGCUCUUCAAGCAAUGUCUGACAUUCCUGGUAAUGUUGAGAAUGUGCGGAAACUGUUAAGCCACCCGGCAUUUGACCUGCGCAAUCCCAACAAAGUGUACUCUCUCAUUGGAGGUUUCUGUGGGUCUCCGGUAAACUUUCAUGCAAAGGACGGUUCAGGCUACACGUUUUUGGGAGAAAUUGUGCUGCAACUUGACAAAAUAAAUCCUCAGGUUGCCUCAAGAAUGGUGUCAGCCUUCUCAAGAUGGAGACGUUAUGAUGAAGAUAGACAAAAGCUUGCAAAGGCUCAGCUGGAGAAGAUCAUGUCUAUUAAUGGACUAUCGGAGAAUGUUUUUGAGAUUGCUUCGAAAAGCUUAGCUGCAUAAAAGUGUUAGCGGCUGAUAUGAGAAAUUACCUGUCUGUCUUUUCAAACUGUUCUCAUAGAUUUUGGUAAAAAUAAUCGCUUCCAUGGUCAACCCAAUAUGUUGUUAGUUGUUACAAGCUUUCCACCACAAUCUUAUGCAUGGAUGUCUUAACUUGGGAUGGUUUCUUAUUCUACAUGCAAUAAUAAGAACAUAAAAUGAUUGAGUGGAUCAUCGUUCAUUA